CGCGCCACGAUUUGAGUUCGAGUUGCUGUUGCCCUGAGUUCACGUACCGCUCGGCUCGGUUCAUGCUGUGUGUCGGAUGGGAUCGUAUCGGAUCGGCGACUAUAUAAAGUGCAAGGCAAACCCACUGUUUGGCAGUCACUGCUGGCUCUCAGGCAACUUAACUGCAAUCAAGGAUACAGCACCAGAUCCCGCGUGCCCGUCUGCUCCCUGAACAACUUCAUUUUGCAACUGUCAACGGCAUAUAUUAAAUUUCAUUCAUCGUUUAGCCAGCGCGUGUGCGUCGGUCCGUGCAUAUCGGCGGUGUCUGCUUACCCUACUGUUUAACAAAGCAAAGUAAAAUUAAAAACCAAACAGAAACAAAUAUAAAUAAACUCCGACUGCGGAAUAAAUAAACAAAACCGUCGCAAAAAAGCGCGCGCCAAGCAAUAAAACAAAAAGCAAAACUCAAAAGAACACAGCAAAAGGCAGAACAAGGGAAAAUUUCGCUAUAAAUUUUCCCAAUUCCACAACAACAACAACAACAAGUAACAAACAACAAAAAAAUCAAGCGAAAUUAUCGUUAUUUUGCAAUAAACAAAAUCAUAAAAGCAAAACAAACCCCAGACCUUGCACCAGACCCCCAACACAACCCAAGCUGUACAUCAUGGAGGUCCAGAAUAUGCCCGAUCAGUCGUUGAUGCAAACCAAUCCCAACCAGCGCAUCAUGCUCGAUUCCAGAUGUGGGCUGAACGACUUGUAUCCCAUCGCUCGUCUGACACAGAAAAUGGAGGACGUGCUUAAUGUGUCUGGGAAGGCGUCGACGACAACCGCCACCAAGGAUGACUGCCCCUACACCAUCGAGCUGGUGCAGCCCGAAGACGCCGAUGCUGUGAUCGCCAUGCUCAAGACGUUUUUCUUCAAGGACGAGCCGCUGAAUACUUUCCUAGAUCUCGGGGAGUGCAAGGAACUGGAGAAGUACUCGCUGAAGCCCUUAACCGACAACUGCUCCUACAAGGCAGUCAACAAAAGCGGCGACAUCAUUGGCAUAUUCCUGAAUGGCUUGAUGCGACGUCCGUCUCCGGAUGAAGUACCCGAAAAGGCAGCCGAUUCGUGUGAUCAUCCCAAAUUCAAGAAGAUCCUCUCCCUGAUGGAUCACGUUGAGGAGAAGUUUAACAUAUUCGAUCACUAUCCCAACGAGGAGCUGAUCCUGGAUGGCAAAAUCCUCUCCGUGGACACCAACUAUCGCGGCCUGGGCAUUGCCGGACGCCUGACGGAGCGGGCGUACGAGUACAUGCGGGAGAAUGGAAUAAACGUUUACCAUGUGCUCUGCUCGAGCCACUACUCGGCCCGGGUGAUGGAGAAGUUGGGCUUCCACGAGGUAUUCAGCAUGCAGUUCUCCGAGUACCAGCCAGAUGGCAAGGUUGUCUUCAAGCCGGCCCAUCCGCAUGUCGGCAUGAGGAUAAUGGCCAAAGAGCUGAAUCCAGAUGGCAAGCAGUCGGCGGCGCCAAUAACAAAGCUGUAGAGGAGAGCAGCGGCUGGUCCUCCCUCAUCGCAGUUCGGAUUUUGUACUAUGUGAUUCUUUAGUUUGUAGUUCGGUGGCGGGUUCCAGGUAGUUCCAUCUCAAGUGUCUCUACUUUCGAUUCAAAAUAGCAUAGACAAACAGUACAAUUUACGUAUUUAUCUAAUUUAAUUCGCCCGUCGAUAAACUUAAGUGUUUUUGUGUGUUUAGAAUGAGCUCAAAAAUAAAACAUUUGACUUUUA